AUGGCUGAGCAAGAAAAUGAAAGAACAAUUGAUCGAUUCUCAAAAAAGGAACAUUCGUUUGGUAUUGCAAAAAGCAAAGACAAAAAUAGGUGUCGUGCUACAUGCGAGGAAACAUUAGAACUGGUCAGGAGAUUUAGAAAUCUGUACUACAAAGACGGAAAGGAAAUCCUGAAAAUACUGGAGGGGCUGCCAGAGUUCUGCGGUUCCAAGGAUCUACAGCAUAAAAUACUUAUGUUAACCGUUGUGCUCUCUUAUCGCUCAGUGCAGCAAAAUGUUGAACGACGACGUCGAAUGAUUUUUAAAAUUCUCGGUGAUCUACCAUCUGAGAACGAAGAGAGUGAGAAUCUUGAAGAUGCAAUUUAUAAAUACAUGAGUCGAAAAGCUGUCGACAACCAUGGAAAAAAUAGCAUCACCAAGGCAAUUUUUAUAAGUUGCAAGAAUCGUUAA